CUUCGAAAAGACUUGUCCUUUCUGUGACAACUGUGCUUCUGUGGAGCUCCACCGUGCUGGGUGACAAGAACAUAACGUCCGCUCUGCCAACCAGCACUACUACUGCGGAUAGACACGGUCUUCACACCGACAGUUUCACAACACUCGUCCCUGGACAGGGGUACACGUCCUAUUACAUAACAGAAAACUCGCCAAGUGUCCACAUGCACACGCCUUUUCCAACGACUUCAACGCUUCAACCAAACCAAAAGCAAGCCGGUUGCAAAAUCCGGGUCCCCCGGCCGAACGAAACGGCGAGCCUGCCCUGUCCUAGCCCGAUCACCGUAGACCACGCGGUCAAAAUCACCCACAUCGCCCUCUCUGCGGUCAUCUUCCUGCUCGGUUUGACCGGUAACGCGCUGGUCAUCCGGAUUGUCGCCACCAAACCGGACAUGAGGAACGCACCGAACGUCCUGCUGGCCGGGCUGGCUUGUGGGGAUCUCCUGUUCGUCUUACUGUGCGUCCCGAUCACCGCCUACAACCUGUACACGGUCCCCACGGCCUGGAUAUUCGGCCCCGCCGUGUGUAAACUGCUGCCGUUCCUGCAGCAGACGUCUCUUGGAGUGACGGUCUUGUCACUGAUGGCACUGAGUGCGGACAGGUACACGGCGGUGGUGUCCUCCACCAUGAGCCGGUUGUCUCAGAGCUGGCGCGGGCUGGGCGUGCGGCUGGCGCUCAUCUGGUCCCUGGCCGUCCUGGCUGCCGUCCCCGCCGCCGUGACACACACAACCCGCCGGGUCAGGUGGCACCACGGGUACAUCACCGUCUGCGGCAUGGACCAGGAAAGUCCCUUCGCGCGGACGUACCAACGAACGAGGGUGUGGCUUCGCUUCGCCCUGUACUUCUGUCUCCCCCUAGCGGUCACGGCGGUGCAUUACAGCCUGAUGGCCAAGCACAUGAUGAGAAAUACGCGCGGGAUGGACGACCGCAUGUCGAAGCGCCGCCGUGCGGCCAGAGUGGUGCUGUGCAUCGUGGCGCUGUUCGCCCUGUGCUGGCUGCCCUACCACCUGACUAACAUCCUCCGCAUCACCCUGCCCUGCUCCGUACUGCAGAACAUCUGCACGUUCAGCGCGCUCCAAGGCGGGAUCCAUUUCGGGUUAGCCCUGGGCAGCUUCAACUCCUGUGUGAACCCCAUCGCGCUGUACAUCCUCAGCAGAAAAUACAAGAUCUACAUGGAUGCCCUGCUGUUCUGCUGCUGCUCGCAAGGUGGCGACGAGCUCCUGGAUCCACGUCGCGGCAGUAUCUGGACGUCCCGCCAUAGGCCGUCCUGUGACGUCACCAGCAUGUCCGUUGCAGCUCGUCUACUCCGCCGCCAGGAGGCGUUUGCGAACGAGAGUACCAGAUCGUCGGGUUUGGAGAUGGGGAGUCAGGCGGGUGACAGCUCUGAAAGGAACUCUUCCGUUGUUGCCGACUAAUAUUUGAGUGACAUAAACCUACAGGUAGUCUCAGAACUAUUAAAGUCGGCUUACAGAUGUUUA